AUGGACGGCCAGGGGAACCCAAGUCUCCAACAAUUCCUGCAAGAAACGCCCCGGUCCGGCGUUGAUGAGAUCCUACACAGGACCAUGGAUGAUCCGGGGGGCUCAAGUCCUCAGUUACUACAGGAAACGCCUCGAUCUGAUGUUGAUGAGAUCCUGCGCAGAAAGAGGAAGGCACGAGAGUACAAAAGCUGUUAUCCCUGCCGUCAGAGAAAGGUCAAAUGCGAUCAGCAAGUUCCGUGUAAAACAUGUGUCGUGCGAGAACAUCCCGAGCUCUGUACUUAUCAUCCUCCCUCGGAGAAUCACCCGCCAGCGAAGCGACCGAACACGGGAAACGGCUACCGAGAUGCACCUUCAGAGUAUCACAACGGCGCGGCCGCCACAUACGGCAACAGCGGUUCAACAGUGAUGCUGUCGCGAGAAGAGUGGGACCGAUUGUGCUCCAAGCUCAAUACAAUGGAGAAGUCGCUGGCUGAGCUGAAAGGCAUUAUAAAACAUGCUUCUGAGCAGCAUGGGACUGCUAGCGCGGCCGGCCACUCGCCCGGAACAAGCACGCCCUCAGGCCUUGCCAUGGAUAGCGAAAGCCGGUAUAUUAGCAGUCAAGGGAUCCACACGCAGAACGACUUGACCGGUCAGACUGUACAUCUAGGUGGCAGCUCGGUGGCAGCUUUAGUACUUGCGCUGGGCAGAGGGGAGCACGAUCGGCCAGAGGUGAAGGAGCUUCUUGGAAAGAGCAUACUACCGAUAUUCGGCCUGGACAACGAGAACGCGACAUACCCGUUCGUAGACCUGUGGGGUCUGCCGCAUGGAGCAAAGGUCAAUGAGCUUGCCCGGGCGUUACCAAGCGACUCCGAGUGCAUGAGCUUCUUCAGGCACUACCGCGAGAUAGCUCAUGUGGUCUAUCCUGCUGUUGCCGACGUCGAAACAUUUGAAUCUGAGCUGCUCCUCUUCCUUCUGAACCGCGCAAGCUGUCAGCCCGGGGAUGGCAAUGAUGUUACCGAGCAGUCCAUAUACGGAAAGAGUCUGCACUGGGCCGGCAUGCUCUUUGCUGCACUGGCUUCUGGAUGCCAAUGUUCCAGCCUGCCAAGGAAAGAGAGGGAGUUAACUUCUCAAGUAUAUGUUUGUUGUAGCUUCGAGUGCCUGCGAUUAACCAACUUCUUGUCCAGUCCAACUCUUGAGACGAUUCAGACUCUGUUGGCUCUGGGCAACGUCAUCUCCAACAAUAUGAACCCUGGUGUCGCCUGGUCAUUACUUGGUUUAAACGUUAGAUUGGCACAAACACUAGGUCUGCACCGUCGAUGCCCUGCCACCACUCCAGCGGCAACGAGACAUGUAAAGUCUCGCACAUGGUGGGCCAUAUGCUGGCAAGAGUCCCUGAUUAGUAUAUCCUACGAUCGCGCUUCCUCCGAGAAGACUAUCAACUACCCCAUUCCUAGGGGCCCGUCCUCAACGCCAGGUAACAGACCGUUCGACGAGUGCAUGUACAGGGUUUGUAAAGUCGGCCUCGACAUUGUUCGAGACCGGGCGAAGCCACAAACCUCUCACGACGCCCUGCUCCGAAUCACCGACUACAAGAAGGAACUCCAGGAGAUUAUGACCGAUGCGGCGGACUACCUGAAAGACUCACGGAGAUGCAGGUCAACGCAAGACCAGCUGGAGCAUUGGGUUCUGUACCUCCACCUCUCCUACAACACUUCAGAGCUGUGCCGGCCCGCCAUCAGCCCCCUGGCGGAACACGAUCUCUUGCGAACGCAUCGGCAGACUUGCAUCGACAACCUGGCGAACACGGUCGAAGCUUUCCUCGGCUUGCAGAACGUGACGGUCUUCGCCACCCGGUCCUGGGCCGCUGUUCACCGGUCCCUGAGCUCAGCCCUCCUCUUGGGCAUUUUAGGGGAGCCGUCACGGAAUGAACGAGCGCGCGCUCUGCUGAACAGCCUGAUCGCGGUUCUCUCGGAAGUCACCUCAAAGGUCGACCCGGCCGAGCUGUCUGCGCCAAUUACGAGGUCCCUAUCUGCCUUGAGAAAGCUUAUGGUGCAGCCGAUGGGUGCGGUGCAGAAUGUCGUGAGCGCUACACCGGCCACAGGUUGCGCUUCGCGUGAUUCGGAUGCGCCGUUUGGCUUCGAUGAAGCGCUGGUCCGUAACUAUUCGCCGAGCGUUGCUCUGGACCAAGAUACGUCGCCGUAUGCUCUCAUGGACUCCAUCAUCUGGGGCUCGAGAGGUACCCCAUGA